GAUCUUCAAGCCAGCCCAAAGAAUAGCCCGACCCAGCGGGUGGCAUCUCCUUAGGACCAGCCCAGUCGCUACACUAGCCUGCUUUGCCAUUUCCCACCUCCAUGCUGCUGCCUUGCCUGGCGAACGAGUUCCAAAUCUGGCGGCGGCCGUCAGCAGCUCGAGCAGGCGAGGAGAGCAACCAGGAUAGGCGGCAUCCCAACGUCUCCGUGACGGCAGACGGCAUCUCGCGGCAGGGCGGCGCGCGGGCGUAGGGCGGCGGCGGAGGUAGGGCGAGCACACGGUCACAGCGGCGGCACAGCGGCAUGUUGAUCUCUGGGAGGUUUCAAUUGGCAUGAUCAUUACGUGGCAUUAAGGUGCUUCUUAAUGGCUCGUUUCAUGGAUUUACGGGCUUUCAUCUUGCGUACACGUGUCUUGAAGCUUUAUAGACAGGCAUUGCGCAUUACUCGCCGUGUCCCUGAACAUGCUCGAGAUGAGUUGAGGCAGACUGCAAGGGCCGAGAUUGAGAAAUAUCGCCAUUGUGAUGAUAAACAAAAGAUUAGAUUUUUGAUUAGUGAAGGAAUGCAGAGAUUAAAAGGCCUUGAUGAGCUGCUUGACAUGACAGGGAACAGUUAAUCUAAGUCUCAUCUUGGACUUUGCUCAACUAUUCAGCUCACUCCUGAAUUCAUAACGUCCAAAAUAUCUGACACAGUUCGAUUUUAUAAAGAACAACACUGUGUGAUGGACUUCUCUACCAAUUUUGUAUGAAAAUUUAUUUGGGGAUGUAGAUAACUGUACUAUUGAGUGUGGAUAGUUAUCGAUGAUCCAUAUCACUUCUUUAUAAAUAUUUGUAUAAGUCUUCUGUUAUGUGAACAUCUCAAUACUAAGAAAUAUUGUGAUUGCCAAGA